AUGAAUCAAUCUCUUAUAUAAAUUAGGCAAUAAAGAAGAGUUUAUUCAAAUCACAAAAAAUAUUCAAAACCAUUACCUUAAAAUGGAUCUAAACGCAUUACAACUCUAAUUUAGGAUAGAUCAGUAUUCAUAAACGAAAGAAUAAACAAAAAUCUUAGAAUUCAGAAGAUUACUUUUGGAGAGUCAAGUUGCUAUUGUGAUACAUGUGGUAAACGAUCUAACAUUAUGAAAAAGAUAUUUCAAUUAUAUCAAUUUCCUUAAACGAAGUACCUUAUUAUCCAAAAUAAAUAGUCAAUGGAGAAAGCAAAAAUAGUUUCGUAAAUUUAGAAGACUUAUCAAUUGUAUUAUCUUUAUUAUCAGAUACAGAAUCAUGAAAAGAAUCAAAUCCAAAAAGAAAUUCACUAUUAAAAAGGUAUUAACUAAAUAAAUUGUUAAUGAACAAUAAUAAAAACCAUCGACUAUUUAAAAUGCUAUUUAGGAACUGAAGCAAAUAAUUAGAGGUGAUUCAACCUAAUAAUCAAAGAGAAUCAUAUAGAAAAACAAAGAUACUAAAGAUUAAUACUCUUCUUUACUUAAAGGAAGAAGGAAUUUAAGAUAAUUAUUUUUUAUUCCCUAAUUUGAGAGUCCAAUCAAAUAAUUUAUUAUUAAAAAUUCGAAACCAAAUACUGUUCAUCACUCUCCCAUGUAAUCAUUGUAUGAUUUCAAAAUUUCCUCCUCUUUUAGAGGAUUAUGA